AUGGAACAACUUAUUCUAUUGCCAACCAAGAGCGGUAAUUACAAGCUGCAAUACGGUGAUCAAACAUUUUGGUGCAACUGGUAUAAAUCGAAUCCCAACGAAUACAAGGCAUUGCGUAUCUGGUAUUGCUCCAAACGCAGCGGGAGGAAGUGUAAAGUGUAUUUGAAGACCUUAAAUGAACAACUUAUUCUAUUGCCAACCAAGAGCGGUAAUUACAAGCUGCUAUACGGCGAUCAAACAUUUUGGUGCAACUGGUAUAAAUCGAAUCCCAACGAAUACAAGGCAUUGCGUAUCUGGUAUUGCUCCAAACGCAGCGGGAGGAAGUGUAAAGUGUAUAUGAAGACCUUAAAUGAACUCAUUCUGCUACCAACGAAGAGCGGUAAUUAUAAACUGCAGUACGGCGACCACACGUUCUGGUGCAACUGGCACAAAUCGAAUGCUUACGAAUAUAAGGCACUACGUAUAUGGUACUGCUCCAAACGCAGCGGUAAGAAGUGUAGAGUGUAUCUGAAAACCUUACACGGAAGCGCUCUUCGUGAUGGCGGCAAACAACAAAGAACAUUUGUGGUUCCGCGGCUACAAGUUCUACAAGCGGCUGGCAGUGAACGGCAAGAUACGGUGGUGUUGUACCAAAAGGAAAUGUCGGGCGAACUCCCUGAGAGAUAUACACGUCACGCUCUGCUACGACGUGACAAAAAAAGGCGUUGCGUAGGCUGCUACAAAAAAUUAAGCGGUGUUCCUAAGAAAACCCAACGGGAGGAUAAAAAUGAUUUACAAAAACGAAAGAUUUUACCAGCAAAUGGAGGGCAAGGACAAGAUCCGAUGGCGCUGCACUAA